AUGACUCUUUCCGAGCAAGACUUGAGUGAUUUUCUUCAAGAAGUUUGGGACGACCACGUAAUUUCGAAGUUUCAGUACGAAACACGCGAUAUUUUUCAUUUGGAUAUUAUUUGCAAGUUAAAAGACAGUUAUGAAAACGAUUACAACAAGUUUAGUGAUGAGUGGUUAAUGAAAUUUUCGCUGCUCACUCGAACAAAUUGGAUUGUAAGAAAAGUGGGCAAAGUAAAGAAUUUGAAAAAAAUACGAGAAGGUCUUUUGAUUGAAACAUGUUUGGCUGCUCAAUCCAGAGCAAUAAGUAAGUUAAAUGUUAUUUUAGAUCAAGAAGUUGAAGUAGUACCUCAUUCGAGACUUAACCAGUCACGUGGAGUUGUUACGUGUAGAGAUUUAUUAAAUUGCAAGGAAGAGGAAAUAUUGGAAGAACUAAAAGAUCGAGGUGUGAUAGAAGUCAAAAGAAUUAAAACAAAAAAAGACGGUGUACUAACCGACACUGCCAGCCAUAUCCUAACAUUUAAUACACCUAAACUUCCGGUAGAAAUUAAUGUAGCAUUUUAUUUACUAAAAAUCCGGCCGUAUAUCCCAGCACCCUUGAGAUGCUUCCGAUGCCAACUUUUUGGACAUGCGGCAAUAAGAUGUACAAAAGAGCAAGUCUGUGUUUGCGGCAAAUCCCUUCACACCGGCCAACCCUGUGAACCUCCAAUUAGUUGUAUAAAUUGCAAUGGUCUGCAUUCUGCCAGAUCGAGAGAUUGUCCAGUGUACAAGCAAGAAGUAGCUAUCCAAGAAAUUAAAAUUAAGGACAACUUAUCAUAUUUUGAAGCAAAGAAAAAAGUAGCUGUACACAUUCCGAAAAGAAAUACAUCUUAUUCUCAAGUGAUUACUACUCCCCGCCCGACAAUAAUUAACCCCCCAAUUAUCGAUACAAAAGAAUUAUUAAAAGAACUAGUUCCCCUACUAGUAAGUGCUCUACAAAAAAAAUUUACUUUUUCUCCAGCUCAGCCUGAGAAAGAACAACCAGAAAUUAACAUUGCUGAAUCACUAAUUAACGUUGCUGAAUCACUAGUCUCUGAUAAUCGAUCUCUGUCCCAAAUAUCUAAGCGUCAUAGAUCAGAAGAUUCCACAGAUGAGGAAUCUUUUUCUAGUCAAACUAGCACACAGGAAAAAACAAAGAGAAAGAAGAAAACUAAGAGUGGCAAGCCUCCAGGCAGGCCCCCAGGCAGGCCUCCAGGAAAAUCACGCAAAAAGAGUUAUUCGUUUGCCGAUUUGAUGCGUAUGACGCAAGAAGAAAUAUUGACUAUUAUAGAGGGCAUUCCAUCUGAUGCGGAUUUAGAUAUUGGUGACUGCUCUGAUGGCGAUGAUGAAACAGAUUUUUUUAACAAGAAAUUUGGAUGA